UCCAAUCUGUAGGCGUCCUGAUAUAUCAACAUCAUAAAACACAGCUUAAAACGCGUACUGAAUGCGGAUUAAAGUAUUCCUAUGGAGGCUAAUAUACUAUACCAUAAACAUACUAAAAAAUGAAUGUGAACGACACGUGUAUAACGAGAACGUGCGGUGAAAAAGAGUCGAAGCGAUCACACUUUCCAUUUCCUGGUCCGUCCACAGUGGGUCCUCAAAGACGCCUCACACUGGAGUAUCACCAGCUAAUCUCCUACACCGGUUGUCAUUCAUUUAUCUCACUCUGCGAAUACUUUACUAGACCUUCUUUCGGGUGUGUUUGCCACAGAAGAGAUUGUGGAAUGCUGCUAAACGAGACUCCAAUUUUUGAGCCCUCCCUCCUCCAGGAGCUGGACUGGAGUAGCAACACUGUCCCUUUCUCUCCCCCCAUCUCUCCCUCCAGCCCGGGGGAGGGCCUGGUGCUGAGGCCCCUCUGCACGGCAGACUUCCACAGGGGAUUCUUCAAAGUUUUAUCUCAACUCACCACAACGGGGGACGUCACACCAGAGCAGUUCACGAAAAAGUUUGAUCAUAUGAAGAAGUCAGGAGACUACUACGUCGUUGUGGUGGAGGACACAAACCUGAGACAGAUCGUUGCCACAGCCACCUUGAUCACAGAACAUAAAUUCAUCCACUCCUGUGCUAAGAGAGGCCGGGUGGAGGAAGUAGUAGUCAGUGACGUGUGCAGAGGGAAGCAGCUGGGUAAACUGUUGGUUUCAGUUCUUACUCUUCUCAGCAAAAAACUGGAAUGCUACAAAAUCACACUUGAAUGUUCACCCACCAAUGUGGCUUUCUACCAAAAGUUUGGCUACACCGCAUCGCACGAGACUUACAUGCAGUGUCGAUUUCCCAACGAAGGACAGCAGAAGCUUUAAACCUCCGUUUUUGGAGGGGAUGGACCACACCUUUUAUCUACUCGCUGAAACAUCAAAACAAAA